AUGGCCAGCACGAGCGCCUCGGCUACCUUCUAUACCGAGUUUCAGGCCCUCAAAGCAGACGUCGCGUCCGCGCUCGACGCGUCCAACCUCGCCAACGCGAGCGGCGCGCUCGGCCGCCUGAGGACGGGGCUCGCGGUUGCGAGGGCUAGCUUGCCGCCGUACGAUCAGAGGAGUUACGACCUGCAAGUCAAGGACCUCGAGACGCGGCUCGCGGCUCUGCGCGCCGAUAAGCCCAAGGCCAAGUUUACGUUUGCGAAGCGGUCUGCGUCGUCGACACCGCGCACGGCCACCCCGCCAACUCCCCCCGUAGCACCAGCACCUGCACCAGCAGCAGCACCCGCCGCCCCGGCGCUUCCGGUCACGACGUACACGCUGUCAUCGCAGUCGCACACGCGCCUCACGCCAGACGCUUACACCCCGGCUCCCGGGUCCAGCUACACGCUCACGCUGUCCGACCUGACCUCGUGCGUCAUUGACCUGCGGCCGUCGCCGGCCUCCACGGCUGUCCUCACGUCUCUGCACGCCAGAGACCUGCGCGACUGUGUGGUCCUCGCGCCGCCCAUGGCCGGCAGCGCGAUGCUGAGCGACGUGACGCGGUGUGUGGUCCUCGUCGGGGCGCAGCAGUUCCGCCUGCACACGACGCGCGACACGGUCGUCAUGCUGUACGUCCCCUCGCUGCCCGUCAUUGAGGGGUGCGACGGGGUCAUGGUCGGCGCGUACCCCGGCUCACUCGGGGAUGUUCCCGCCGCCGAGAACCAGCACGACCAGAUCCAGGACUUUGACUGGGUCCGCGGCGGGCCUAGCCCCCACUGGCGGGUCCUCACUGCCGAGGAAGCUGCUGCUGCCGAGACGGCCCUUCUCGCCACUGCCAGCGCCGACGCCGACGCCGAGAGCACAUUACAAUCUAUACCCUGCAUACAGUCUCGUACAAGCUAG